AUGAGGUUCGCCUACAUCGUCACUCUCUUUGCCGCAACGGCGUCCGCAGCGAGUCUGCAAGCCCGGAAGAAGGGCAAAAAGGGUGCCGCCGCAGGUGCAGCUGUUGGUGCUGGAGCCGCUACAGGGGCGGCCACAGGAGCGGCCGCCGGCGCGGCCGCGGGCUCAGCGAACACUGCGGCGACUGGAGCUGUCCAAAGGGGAGCCUCCACUUUGGUUUUCAAAGAAGAUGGUGGCGUUCCCGGGAAUGAGUGCCUGACCUUCCGCAACAAUGGUGAAAUCGUCGAUGCGGCUUGCGUCAAUGAGGCCGCCGACCGACAGAUAACCCCCUCCACACUCAACGGAGCCAAUGUGCUUCUUGUCCAGAGGUCAUUCACCGCCGGAUUCAGGCCUGACCUGGUUGGAGUGCAGGCUUGCGUUGGCUUCAACGGCACUACCUUCCGGGCUGAGGAUUGUGCCGCCAGCGGCAUUGAACUGGUUAGCUUCGAUGAGGCUAAGAGCCAGCUGGUUGCGACGGGUGGAGCUUGCCAGAGUGGCCAUGACGGUGCUGCCCAGCUGACAGUCGAUGAGACGGGACAGAACUGUGCUACUCUCACCACGACCACCGUCACACCAACAGCCCCUUAG